AUGUCUUCGCUCGUGUCCUUCUCCCGCCACACUCUCAAGCAGCUCAAGUUCGUUCUUCCGGGCGGUCUCCUCACCUACUACUUCGAUAGCCCCCAUAUCCUCCUUCACAUGCUCGAAGCGGAGGGCGGUUCAACAGGAUGGGCUCGCUUCUCCGCCAGAAUGUCGCUCUUCUCCGCCGCUGUGACGGUUUCACUCUUCCUCUACGUCCUCGUACUACCGCUCCUCCAAGGAGAGCAACCUAAUUACCGACACUGGAGGCAAUCAGGUGUCUUGUCUACCGUCAUCCCCAUCAUGACCACGUCGAUAGUCGCGGGAUGGUCAUUACUAGUGUACACAUUAGGGAAAUGGUCAAGUCUGGGAUACCUAGAAGGUGUCAUAGCAGCUUCCGGGUUGUACGCGCUCGCAUUUGGUCUGCUCGGCCUGAUCCCCGCACCGAAAGUGCACAGGCAAUAA